UUAAACAUGGGAACAGCGGCACUUGAUGGCAUGGUGUUCAUCGCUGUGGGAAUAUUGGAAGAAUCUGCAACAAGAACGCCGCGAGUUUUAUCGGUUGUUUCUUCGGUUUUAGAGAGAUCCAUUCGAAAGAAUGAGAAAUUAAUUAGGGGAUCAAAGAUGAAAGAUGUGAUUACAAUGUUCCAUGCAUCAGAAGUUCCCGCCUUGAGCAUCAGACGGUAUAUCGAGCGCAUUUUCAAGUACUCAAGCUGCAGCCCUUCUUGCUUUGUUGUUGCAUACAUAUACAUCGAAAGGUUCCUUCAACGCAGAGGGAUUUGUCUUACUUCCCUCAACAUUCACCGCCUUUUGAUCACCAGCAUUGUGGUCGCUGCAAAAUUUAUGGAUGAUGAAUGUUAUAGUAACGCCUACUAUGCCAAAAUUGGAGGUGUGAGCUUAUCAGAGUUGAACAAAUUAGAGAUUGAAUUCUUGUUGAGUCUGGAUUUUAAACUCCAUGUAACGAUAGACACGUUUGGAAAAUACUGUCGGCAGCUUGAGGAUGAAGGUGUUGGAGAGAAACAAAUUAGUCGCUUAAUGAGGGUGUCCAGCAUCCGUGGGGACUGACAAAACAAAACGCCUUUGUGUAUGGUGUUCAGACACCGAAUUUGAUUCAAAUUCAAAUAGAAAAAAUGUAAAAUACAUUAGGGAACCUUGGUUUUAAACUAGUCCUUAAAUUUUACAAUACUAUGUUAACACAACUUCUUUUAAGUAUUACUAUGCCAAUUUUAUCGAACAAUUUGUACCCAAUCUGUGUAGACUUGUGGGUUUUUCCUGAAUAUAUACAAUAAAAUGCACGAUUUGCUAUCUUUUUUUUUUUCUUUCUUUUUUUAGGAUAUUUCUUGUUGAGAGACAAUAAUAUACAAAACUCAUACACACCACUACACAGAUGGACCGGACCCAGCACCUUUCCUCAAGUAAUUAAUUUUGGCAUCUUAUGAAGAUGA